CUCGCUGCCAAGCGGACGCACAACCCCAGGCGGAGACACAAGAGAGAGAAAGCGUAAAGAAAAGCUGAGAAAACACAGUGAAAAAUACGAACGAAAUACAACAAAACUUUACAAUAAUAAAUAAAUAAGUAAAGCUAAAAAUCCAUGUGGGAACCACAUUGAGGAAAUAUAAUUCCGACGGUCGGAAAAAAUAACAAAUAACAAAUAACCAAUUACCAAUAUCAGUACCCCCCAAUGUCAAGCGAUCGUGAAAACAACACUCGAUCGUUCCAAAUCCGGGGUCAGAAGCUCUCUGGGCUGAUUAACACUCCGCCGCAUCGCAAAUAAAAAUAAACAAAAACAGACGACAAACACAAAUACGGCCAGAAAUUAACAGAAACGCGCGGAAUAUAGCAAAAAAAAAACACGUUUCCACAAAAAGAUUGUCGAGCGGAUCGGAGCAAGUUGCCAAUAACAACAAAUUAACCAAAUAACAAAUACCAAAUAACACAAAUUGCUGCCGCUGCCGCUGCCGCUGCCGUUGCUUUGUUAUUGAACACACGCGCUUUGUGUGUGAGGAGACUCAGUCGAGGCCCUGAUUCUGGCCACUGCCAAAUAUGUUCAAGUGGAGCUUGUAACCCGAGCAGCCGUGACCGCAGAAAACUCAUAGGAGACACUCACACACCCAGUAUAUACACGCAAACACACACAGCACCAUGGAGCGCUCUCACAGCUGCAGCAACUUUGAGGGCAGAACCAGCAAGGUCGCCGCCGUCAGGCCAGCUGAGCUUGAGCUGGCCGGGAGCAGCGAUCACCUGCCCACGUCGCAUCACUUUCCGCCCAGCAAGCCUUUGCGACGGCGCCGAAAGCUGCAGCGACAACAGUCCGCCGUAGAUGCCGAUGAUCUGGAGUAUGCCGCCGAUUUGGAGGAGGAUGCUGAUCCAGAUCCGCAGGUUAACUUGCCCUUGCGCCACAUCUCCGCCAUCACCACCACCACGUCCGCCGCCGCCGUCGCCACCGCCAGUUGUAGUACGCGAUGCCUGCGGCAUGAGGAGUCCUUUGAAUCCUGCAGCACGGCACCAGAGCUGAGUCCUCAGGCCCAGCGACAGCAGCGCUUCAGCAGUCUGCUCCUCCGCGACAGCUCUGUGCAGUCCGUGCAAUCCGACUCCAGUCGCUACUCCAGUGUGGACAGCUUGCUGGAGGCGCGCAAGCCCGAUCCCGAAGCCAUACUCAUUAAUCUGGGCUUUGGUCCACUCAGUUCCGAGGACAUGCUCUCCCGGAUACCGCGACGGUUCCUGAAACCCUCCCAGGUGCCGGGAAUCGAUACGGAUGCCUUUGUGCAAAGACUGACCCUGGCCCGAUCGCUGGCCGAUUCAAGUGUCCUCGGGUAUCGGGGACUCACCGGAAACCCGGAUAUGCCGCCCUCCUCGAUUGUGGCCAGCAUCAUGAAGCGUUUCGAGGUGAAUCAUCAGAGGAAGAACUCCAUGGGCUCCAUUAAGCCCACGAUACAGUAGGACGCCGCCAUACUCCAUACUCCAUACUCCGUAGUCCAUAGUCCUUAGAGAAUAGUCAGCCAAAUGGAGGACGCAUUGUUAUGUAACCGGAACUGCUGCUACUGUUUGCCAAGCGGGAUCCCAGGGGGAUCCCUGUGAUUGUCCCCCGUCUUGUCCAUUAGUCCUUAAAUGUGCCGCGUACUUAGCUGUGUAAAAUUGUAUUAUUGUAACAAUCCAUUAUGUUUAUUAUUUUUU